UACCAUGCCACGACAGCCAGCUGCGACAGAAUCAUGAAAAGUUCUUCAAUAUUCACUCUCGCCGGCCUGUUGACGUCGGUCGCCGGCCAUGGUUAUCUUACCAUCCCGUCGAGUAGAACCCGACUAGGAUUUGAGGUAUGAAUUUCGCUUUUUUCCUACCGCAUACCCUUCUGAUAUACCGAAUCCAGGCCGGCAUCGAUACGUGCCCCGAAUGUUCGAUCCUGGAACCCGUGGCGGCAUGGCCAGACCUCGAAGCUGCGCAGGUCGGUCGCUCAGGACCCUGCGGAUACAAUGCGCGGGUCAGUGUCGACUAUAACCAGCCUGGCGAUCACUGGGGCAAUUCUGUCGUCGCGACGUACACUGCCGGGGAUACUAUCGACGUCGAAUGGUGUGUUGAUCACAACGGUGACCAUGGCGGCAUGUUCACCUACGGGAUCUGCGCCAACCAAACGCUCGUCGACCUCUUCCUGGACCCGGACUAUCUGCCCACAAACGACGAGAAGCAAGCAGCCGAGGAUUGCUUCCUGGAUGGCGAGCUGAAAUGCACUGACGUUUCGGGCCAGUCUUGCGGAUAUAACCCCGACUGCUCAUCGGGUGAGCCCUGCCAACGGAAUGACUGGUUUACCUGCAAUGCCUUCAACGCCGAUUCGAACCGCGGCUGUCAGGGUGUUGAUGGAGCUGCGCUGAACUCGUGCAAGACCACAAUUGCUGGUGGAUAUACCGUGACCAAGAAGAUCAAGGUAGAUGGAUACGUGCCCUUCAGUUUGAACGUCCCCUAAUGCACCUAUCAAUGUCUAGCUCCCGAACUAC